AUGCAUGUAUACAUGGAGUCUACAGAAGAAAUGGAGAUAAAUGAUGAGAAAGUUGAUGAUAAGGUAAAAGAAUCUGAAGCAGGGACAUCUGGAGAGACUAGUGUAAGUUUUGUUUUUGGACGUAUUAACCUUUAACGGUUUACGUGAAGAAUUAUCUAGUUAAGUUUUGAAACUAGAUUUAUAUAUUUUAUUGCGUGUAUUAUUUAGGUGUCAAUUGUAAAAGAAGAAAACGACAAAGCAGAAGACGUACCUGAAGCUGCUAUGUGUGCUAAUGAAUCAGUUGAAGGUGAAGCAAAAGCUGUCAAUGGUUUAGAUAACGAAGUAAGUAUCUUUUGUGUUAUAUUCAUUUUUUAGGUUAUUGGUUUUUUUUGGAAAAUGAACAAACUUUUGUUGUUAUUUUAAGAACAUGUUUCAUAGUUUUAUUUAGGUAACAACAGUAAAAGAAGAAGACACCGAAGCAAAAGACGCUUCUGAAGUUGUCACCGAUUCUAUUGAAGCAACUGACUGUGAAACUGGAUCACUCAACGGUUUAGAAAUUGUAGAUGAAGAUAAAGUCGAUGAUGAAGUAAAAGAAUCUGUAGCCGGGAUGUCUGAAGAGCCUAGUGUGAGUUUUGUUUUAUUUAAUGUCUAUCGCGAUAUAGCUAUUGUAUUAUGUCAAGUUUUAGUUUUUUUAAAGAUGGAAAUUUUGUUUGUUUAAGAAUGUGUUUUUAAUUAUAAUUAUUAUUAUAGGUAUCAACAGUAAAAGUGGAGGAAAACGGAGCAAAUGCGGUUCUUGAAACUGCGACAACUUCUACUGAACCAGUUAACGGUGAAACGACCGAUGUUUUAGAUACAAAUAAUGAGAAGGUCGAAGAACAAAUAAAAGACGCUGUAGAUAAGACACCUUCAGAAACAGUUGACUAUGAAACAAGAACGGUCAAUGGUUUAGAUAUUAAGGUAAGGAUACGUUUUGUUUUUGAAAUUUAGGUAUUUGGGUUUUCGUUUUUGGGAGUUGAGCACUGUUCUGCAUUUUCUGACGAGAACUGAUUAAUUUUUUCAUUUUAGGUAUCAAAAUUGGUAGUAGAAUUAGCUAAACAGUUUGGUUUCAAUUCUUUUGGAUACAUCAAACAAGAGAAAGAUAUUAUUCUGAAACCUCCACAGCCAAGUAAGAAGGAGAAGAAAAAGAAGAAGAUAAAAGGUAAAUUUGUCAUUGUUGAGUUAAAUUUUUAAAUUAACUAACGAUUUUUAAUGUUUUUAUUGCUUUUUAGUUUAAGAUGUAAAUUUAUAUACAUUUUUAUUUAAUAUCGUAAUUUAGAUGACGAAAUCCCGGUGGAGUCUCGAAAAAGAAAACGAUCUAAAACACCCACACCUACUCCAACCACAUCUUCAAUGUCAUCAGCUAAACCUUCAGCUAAUAAGGUAAAGUUGAUCUCGGAAAGUUGCAAAGUGUGUGGCAAGGGAAUGCGAGAUCGAGAAUUCUUACCUACUAGAGCGACAUUCUACUGUUCUACUGCGUGUAUCAACAAGAAGGCAACGUCCGUAGCCAGAUCAAUUAAGGAAUCUGACGAACUAAUGCUUCUGGACAAGAAAGGAAGGAAAUAUACGGGUAACAUUCCUCCAUUGAAGAAGCUGGAAACAUUUCUGCUUAGAGAUCCGGCAUACGAAGUUGUUAUUAAAGGUACGGUUUUAUUUUGAUUUUGUAGGCAGUUUUUUCAUUAUUAACCUAUUUUUUAAGGGAUUUAAUAUUAACCAUUUUAUUCUAUGGGUCUUGAAUUUAAUAUUGCUUCAGGUCUUUUAUUGAUUUUACUUAUAUUUUUACAGCUAAACCGCGCGACAAAGACGAGGAUCUUGUCAGGAAGAAGAUACGAGAAGUUGUGCAGAAAGUUUUCACUGACAGAUUUAAAUUUCAUGACAUUGACAAUACUCACAAAGCCAAGGAAUUAGGGUUUCAAGUUGAAUUUGAUCUUUUUAAUGAAUUUAAAAGUGUUAGAGACGAAAGAUAUAAAACAUGGUUCAGGAUUUUCAUAAGAUGCGUGAAGAAUUGUGGAAAGGUGGGUCUUUGAUUAUUUUUCAAUUUUUAGAUAUACUUUUCUAUUGCAAAGUAUAUAUUCACGUUAAAGUUAAAAAAUAACAAAAAACUCUGACAGUUUUGUUUUUAGGCAUUUCUUGACGAACUGAUACAUGAGCCUUACAAAUUGUCAUCACUAGUCAAAUUAAACGGCAAAACGUUGGAAGAUGAGGUUCAAAGGUUGGAUACCAUCAAGGCGGGCUGUGCGGUGGAUGAAAAACCUGCAGAAUCUAUUCCUGAACCAGUCAAGCCUGAACCAAGAAAACCUAUGCAAUUUGAAUUGUUAAAGAAGAAGUUCAAGCCUUUGGACAAGUCUGUGGUUAAUCCCACUCUAGCUGGCCUUGCUGCAACUGUAAGUGCAUAUUGUCAUUUGAAUUGUAUGUUUAGACUGCUGUUGACGAUCUUCUGGGAGACGCGAUGAGAGAUACGACGGCUAAACACGGCUCUCAUUUAUACGAUGCUAACUGUAAGAUAUGCCUGAGGAAGAAUGAAGACACGGCGGCGAUGCAAAUGAGAAUGGACAGGCUAAAGAAGAAAGAACAGGUAAUACUAUUUAAAAGUUUUAUUGUUACCUAUUGAUGUACAAGAACACACAUAGAAGUUGAAAGUGUGCAUUAUAAAUUGUAAAGCGUAGUUACAUAAGUUAAUAUAUGUUGUUGUAGGAAGAUCGAGGACAGAAGGAAAGACAACGAGGGCAUAAGCGAAGUCGACCCUGUGAUGACUUUAUAAACGAUUUGUUCACAGACACUGGCACUCCAGACGACGCGCCUCCAGGGGACGAGACUUAUUUCGACGACUUUGACACAGCCAUGGACAAGUUCAAAAAUUCAAUGCCAAGUCCAUCAAGAGGGCCGAUGGCGACGGUGGACAGAAGACUGGGGUUCUCAGCAGAUCGACUUCUGAAUACCGUUACUGGAGCAAAUGGCUUCGGAGAGAAACGACGAGAAAGUUGGAGGAGGUUACCUAAACAGUCGAAACCAAAGGAGAUUGUACUGUAAGUCUAUUUUGAAUUACGAUAAGUGAGAAAUCUAAAUAAUUGUUUAAAAAGGCAAAAGUUAUUAACUAUACAUCAAGACAAUACCAUUUAAAUAUCUCUUUCAGGGAGAGUAACAUAAUCUGGUCAGGAACGGUGGUCUCGCCUCUUUUGAAGUUCAAGUUUGAUUGUAACCUAUUACUCGUCAAAAACUUGAAUGCUUACCGACUGAAGGACGAGUUGGGGCCUGUUCUUACUGUGAAAGAGACCAUCGAUGCGUCUUAUGUCAACGAGCAGAUCGAGAGGUCGAGUGCCAAGUGGGAUCGCCAACUGAUCUCUUUACUAAUGCAGCCACCUCAAGGAGAUGAGUACAGCAGCUUUGUCGACUUGUACAAUGAACUUUACCGAUCCUGUAAGAUGUUUGUCUUGAGUUUGGAUCGGUCAGCGUCCAACAUCAUCGACAUGUUCUUUUACGCUCUACCGCCUGGCCGUGACCUACAUCGUAAGUUUGCCAAUUUAUGUUAUCUCAGAUGAGAAUCUUUCUAUUUUGGCAACAAUUAGCACUUUAAAAAAUAAAAAUUGAAUAAAAAUUGUGAAUUCAGGUGUACUUGAUCAACAAGAAGGGCCUGGGUUGAUGGACUUUGUGAGAGGCUGUGGUAACAUUAUGGCCCUGGUCGUUCGCAAAGCUACGACAGCUCGAGAAAGUUGGAAGAACCCGAGAGUGAAGGAAAGACAACCUUCCUUUUUCAAAGGUUUAACUGGAGACAGAGGUUUUGGGCAAGAGACGCUUGUUCGACUUGAUAAACCUCCUCCAACGUUGGCCCCACCGUCUUUGGCACCUCCGCUAAGCAGAUCGUCAGGUAUGAGCUCCGAGUUCAAGAAUUCUCCGAAGUUGGACACCUUCUUGUCAGAAUCAUACAAAGACGAAUUCAACCAUCUCUGGGACAGUCCUAAGCUGUCUCGGACACAUUCCCGGUCUGAAUCUCGAGGUACUCCGAGAAUUGACAGUCGAGAAGGAUCAGUCCGUGGUGAAGAUGUGGUCAGGAGGAGUAGAGAGGGGUCGAUUAGAAAGGAAGAUACUAGAAAGAGUAGGGAAGGAUCUUUGAGAGCUGAAGACCUGAGGAAUCGAGAACGGUCGAGAGACAGCGCCUCUAUAUACAACCCUGACCCAUUAGACUUGACUUCUAGUAUUGGGACAACAACACCCCCGUUGAACACGGAGAAACCUCCGAGUUCGACAUUGGAAGCAUUGGACAGCUUAAACUUGUUGGUCGAUGACAUUGAUCAUAGAAAGUAAGUGGUUUUUAUUCGAACUACUUAUUAUGCUUUGCUUUGAGCUUGUAGUUGUUUGUUAACAAAUGUAUUAUUGAACAAGUAAAGCAAAUAAACUUUCCAAUUGACUAUCAAGUAAUAUUUUGAAUUAUUUUAGGCACAAGAAGGUUGUUUAUUCGAUUGAGGACGAAGACCAAAGAGUAAAAGCUUUAAUUGAUGAUCCGACAAAGCUUCCCAUGACUUUUGAAACUUUGGUAAACGAAUUGAAGCGAUUGAAGAAGAAAGGUAAGCCCAGUUUCUGAAUUUAUUUUAAAUAAGGAUAUAACCUUAUAUAUGAGUCUGACGUUUAACAAAAAGAAAUAUUCGACAAUAUAUGGAAAUGUUUAGAUAACAUUCGUCUGCUUUCUGAGGCCUUCUACUGUUUCCACGCUGAAUGUCCGAGCGAAACCAAAGUGAUUGCUGAUCUCAUGAAAAACUGUGAAGACAAAGCAGGUUCAGAAUCUACAUUAGAGACUAAGGACAGUGCGGCUACAAGGUAUUCCAAAGAGUCGAAACCACUGCCAUUCCCGGUUUUACCUCCGUUGCCGUUCUCUGAUGAAGUAGCCAAACUGACAGAGAAAGCUAAGCCGAAGGAAGAGCCAGUUCCGGAUCCACCCCCACCACCUCCGCCGCCGCCACCAAUGGAACUGGGCGAAAUCAACUCGAAUUCACAGUCGCCGAUGGAGGAAGACAUCAUACCUCCACCUCCACUCCCACCUCAACAUCUCGAGAUGAGUUGGGUGCCACCCCCACCUCCUCCCGUCCCACCCCCACCACCUACCAUGGAAGUGGAUUCUCACCAUUCUACACCGUCAACUUCUUCUAUGACUCCAACCUUACCUGCUCCACCUCGACUUUCCAAACUCAUGGAUAUGAAACCACCUCCGCCUGUCCUACACGGUGCCAACGUUAUUCCAUUGCCAACUCACGCCGGUCCAGGACAUUAUCCUGUACCAGGACAUGUACCUUCACCAUUGCACCCCGUAGCUUCUCACGUGAAUUCACCUAUUUAUCCUCCACCUGGUCCUGUGCAUUCCCCUGCCCAUGCUGUACCUGGUUACGUACAGUCGCCUAUGCAUUCAGUAUCGGAUCCUGUACGCACACCAGACUCAAGGAUAAGACCACCUGGACCAGUACCACCUCCUAGGAAGUUGCCAUCUAAUGUAAGCACCCCAGACAGAAGACCCAAUGUUGUACAUGCACCAGUGUCCGGACCCAACGGUCGACCGCUGUUACCUAAUAGAGGGAACCACCCCGACCACCUCCCGAGCUCACAAUCGUCAUCCGGCUCUCAGAACGACCAGAAGAUGUUCUUUGUGUCUGUGAAUUACGGUAAGAAUGUUGUGAAGCCGGCUUCCAGCAAGCACCAAGCCACGCCCACUCGGAAGAACCCCUCAGGCACCGUGCAAAUCCCGUUCGACGACGACUUCUGGAACUAA